AUGAAUCCCGAAAUACGAACCAACCCUCUUGAUCUGAUGGGUUUGCUCAAGAAAUAUUGUUACAAGACCCAAAAAGUAGUAAGAGUGAACCAUCCUUCUGAUGGCACGGAAGGAGUACAGGAAGCGGGCAAUUCCUCAAACGACUCAGACAGAUCGACAGAUCUCAGCCUUCUAUUCCCUGAUUUCCAAUUCACACAAAUUGGGCCAAUGAAUCCCGAAAAACGAAGCAACCCUCUUGAUUUAAUGAAUUUCCCUAGGAGAUUCCAUUACAAGACCCGAAAAGUAGUGACAAUGAGCUCCCCUUCUGAUGACACGAAAGGAGUACCGGGAGCGAGCAAUUCCUCGGAAGACUCAGACAGUUCUGAUCACUUAACUUUUGGUUUUGGUCAUGUUUUCUACUCCGAUAGAUCCAAGGAUCCCAAAACUCAAUCGCCUGAUUCUCGAGCCCGACGAAUUGGGCAGAUGAAUCCCGAAAGACGAAGCAACCCUCUUGAUUUGAUGGAUAUGUCCAAGAAAUAUCGUUCCAAACCCCGAAAAGUAGUGAGAAUUAUCCUUCCUUCUGAUGACACGGAAGAAGUACCAGAGGCGGGCAAUUCCUUGAACGACGUACCGGUAGCGGACAAUUCCUCGAACGACUCAGACAGAACCAUCGAUACCACCAGCUCUAAUACAACACGGACCGGCUGCCUUCCAUCGAGGAUAGGAGAUAUCACGCGUAGUAGCCGACUAUGUGAAAUACCGCAUGACGCGCAAUAUUACCAUGCCGUAGAUUACCAUACCCGCAAAAAUCGAUCAUUUCAGGAUAUCGAAAGGCCUAAGCUGCAGUUCUAUGCGGCUGGUACAAAAACUGUAAUCUCCAAGGGGGCCACAAGACCAGACGACCCUUUGCCCAACAGACGAGUCUGGUCAAUAUUCCGGGACAAGCCCCAUCCGAUUAUAAACCGCCCAGGCACCCCGAAAAAAACGUCGGAAGAUGCGAUGGGAAGCUUGGUUCAGGCCCCGAGGAUGUUCUUGGAAUCCCCUACGCUAUGGUUAUCUAUGAAUCGUUGGAUGUGUUCACCAAAGUCUGAGUUCGACUUGUUAGCAGGUUAUGUAUGUCCCGAUGCGGUCAAACCUCGUUUGGAGGAGGAUGCUGCUCGCCUUUUCAAAAAGGUCCGUUGGGAAAUGACCAACGAUGAUUUGUUGGUGUAUUUCUCCGAGUUAAUAGAACGUUACAGAGAUAAGACUGUUAAGAACUACCCUAUUUACUACACCCUUCUGAAAAGGACUUGUACUUCGAAUCCAUCGCCUACUACCUUAAAUACGGGAGGUACUUCUAGCCAGCUACAACUCCAACUCGAUCGAAGCGAAUUGCACUGCUUGACUUUUGCUUUAUGGAGGACGGUUUUCAAUUACACUGUGCCAUUGAUUAUGGAUAUAUCUCUGCUCGUGUUCCCCAAGAAGCUUCCAUAA